AUGCGCACCAGCCUCCGCACCAACUUUCUGACCAGCUCUCUCGGCCUUGGACCUUGUUGCGGGCUACAUCGGCAUCAUCUACAUAAGGAUGGAGAAAGAAGUACGUUUAAUCUCUUGCUUCGCGGCCUUUGGAUCACCACCGGCCCGAUACAGAUAGUACCCGCCAACACCAGCGGCAGCGAGGGCAGCGUAGAGACCGGUUCUGUUCGACAUUGUAACGGAUGGAUUGUAGUUUCUGUGAUGGGAUUCGAGUUCAAGAUUGUUUUGAAAAUUGAAGUCUAUUGGAUUGGGUGUGAGAAGGUUUCCACUGGGGAUACACACUUCCUUCUUGGGAUCUAA